ACCCCGCGGCAGCACCGCUCCCGUUCCCGUCCCCGUUCCCGUCCCCGAGUGUGACCUUCGCCGCUCCCCUGGCACGAUGGUGCAGGCCAUGAUUCCAAAGUCAUUGAGACCCAUGAAAUUCUACUUCUCUACUGUGUAUCAAGAAGUAUGGGUUGGUGUAGCAUUAACAGCUUAUGCCUACUACAAGAUUUCUUACGGGGGCAAAAAAGGAGCAGCAAAUAAGUCCUCUGGUUCUGGCCAUCAUUAAAGAUCUCUUCUCUUCUUGGAAAUGUAUUUGGUGGUCCAUCAGCUCUACUGCAAAUGAAGCAAGCUACAACCAUAGGGAAAUUAAURCUAGAACUGUAACUGAUCCAUCUGCUGUAAAUGGAGAAAGAAUAAAACCAUUCAGCAAAAAGUAAUUAAAGAUGUUGUAAUAUAUGCUGGA